CCGCCAGAGCCGCCCGGGGAAGCGGCGGCGAAGGAGCGUCUCCCCAGAGCCUCCCGCCGAGCCCCGGCCGCGACGGCGCGGCGCCCCCGGCCCGGCCCGGCGAUGCCGAGGGCGAAGGAGGCGGCGGCGGCGGCAGGGCGGCCGCGCACGGAAUAGAGGCGCGGCGGAUCGGGGCCAGGCACCUGCCCCGCCGGGCUGCCGCAGGGCACCGCGGGCACCGAGCCGCCCCGCCGGAGGGAGCGCCGCCCUCCCCGGCCGCCCGGCCGCCCCGCGGGGGGAGCGCGGGCGGGCGCAGGGGCAGCCCCCGCGGCCAUGCGCUGAGCGCCGCCGCGCCCGUCCAUGGGGCGGCGCUGAGGGGCGGCGCGGCGGGAGGGCGCCGGGGGCAGGAUGAAGUCGCAGCUCUUCAGCCGGUUCCUCCUGCUGCUGCCCUGGGUGCUCAUCGUCAUCAUCGUGCUGGACAUCGACAGCAGCCGGGCGCCGCUGCCCGCCCUGGCCCCCCGCGGCGGGGGCGGGGGCGGUAGCGGAGGGGCCCGGCCGGCGGCGGCGCGGGCGCCCCCCCAGCGGCGGCCGGAGGCGGCGCUGCCCACCAUCUAUGCCAUCACGCCCACGUACAGCCGCCCGGUGCAGAAGGCCGAGCUCACCCGCCUGGCCAACACCUUCCGGCAGGUGGCGCGGCUCCACUGGAUCCUGGUGGAGGACGCGGCGGCGCGCAGCGAGCUGGUGAGCCGCUUCGUGGCGGGCGCCGGCCUGCCCUGCACGCACCUCCACGUCCCCACGCCGCGCCGCUACAAGCGGCCGGGGCUGCCCCGCGCCACCGAGCAGCGCAACGCCGGCCUGGCCUGGCUGCGGCAGCGGCACCAGCACCUGCCGCCCCCCCAGCCCGGGGUGCUCUUCUUCGCCGACGACGACAACACCUACAGUCUGGAGCUUUUCCAGGAGAUGCGUACAACCCGCAAAGUAUCAGUAUGGCCCGUGGGACUGGUAGGAGGACGACGGUACGAGCGCCCAGUCGUGGAAAACGGCAAAGUUGUUGGCUGGUACACUGGCUGGAGAGCUGACAGGCCCUUUGCUAUUGACAUGGCAGGAUUUGCUGUGAGUCUUCAAGUGAUUCUGUCACAUCCGAAGGCCGUAUUCAAGCGUCGUGGUUCUCAACCAGGAAUGCAAGAAUCCGAUUUUCUGAAACAGAUAACAACAGUGGAGGAACUGGAGCCAAAAGCAAACAACUGCACAAAGGUUCUUGUAUGGCACACACGAACAGAAAAAGUCAAUCUAGCUAAUGAGCCAAAAUACCAUCUGGACACAGUCAAUAUUGAGAUUACCAACUAAACAUGGAAGAUAAUCAAGAAUUAAAUCUUGUAAUACGCCAUAAGGACCAGGAGUUUGAUAGAAGUUCUGUUUGCCGCUCCUGAUUAUGGCACUCAGAAAAAAGCAAAAUACCAUUAAAAAUCUGGAGUGUUUGUUAACAGCAAGUAAAUGUAUUCAUGCUUUCUAGUAUACAAACAAGGUGACACUUACCAGAUAUUAAGAAUAAUACUAUCCUUUUUACCACUUUGUAAUCCAUCUAGUAAGUACCACACUUGGUCUAGAAACUAGCACAAUAAAAAUAAACUACAUUUCAAAACAUUUCUCUCACAGAAUGUCCAGUGACUAAAUCUUUAUCAUAGACAUACACCUUGAAUUAUUUAAGUUAAUUGCUAAUAGAUAUAAUUCAAUAUGUUUUAGCAGCCACUGCAUUAUUUACCCCAUCACCAAUAAUCACCAGCCAGAGAAUCACCCUUCUCUUUGCUGCUUCUUACUCUUGAAUAUUUAGCCUUCUUUUGGAUUUCCUGUAUUCUACAGGUAAAUCACUCGCUUAAUCAGUGGGUCACAUCAUUUGUUCAAGGAACUGAAACAAGAGAAGAAGGCUCUUCUCCUGCUCCAAAAAUAAGCUUCUAAAUUACCUUAAACGGCCCCACAGAUGGGGAGGUUAGCUGGGGGCUCCUGGGAAGCCUCCCUCUCAGAAGCCAGGCUGGGUAAGGCAGCAUGCACGUGUGCAUUCUGAUCUGCACACCAGCCACACUCAUCACCAACACCUCGUUCUUCGGGGCUGAUAGCUACUUUAAGAGAGCUGCAGGUUUAUGCAGUUUCUUUGUGUGCCCCAAAGCUGCCCCUCUCAGCUACAACAGGCACGGCAACGGGGUCGCUUCCAAACUAUCAUCGCUGUGAGAGCAGGAACAGGCCAGGUGCAGGGGUUACGCUACCCUUCUUUGAAGGCAGGCAGGCAUGCAAGUUCUGAGAUGAGGCAAAAGACAGAUCAGCCCAGUAGUAGUUUUUCUUGACAUCUACUUGAAUAUGAAGCUUGAGACCCCAAACUUUUAGCAGCUCUAUGACAGAAGCACCUGCUGUAGCCUUUCCUAAAUAUCAGCAUCACAAAGCAGUAAGAGGUCUUGAAAAGUAUGACUUAAAGCUCAAUAACCUGAGAGCAUAAAGUAAAAAUAUAUUCAGCAAUACCUAUUAAAAAAAGAACAAGAUAAGAGGCUAUAAAUUAAAAGAAAACAUGACUACCAUCACCAGGGUAAGACAGAAUCCAGUUUAGCUGGAUAACCAGGAACCAGAAGGGAAGACCGCACUAUCUCUUAAUUCUGUAUUUAAGCAGUGCAAAAGCUUGAAAAGGUGAAAAAAACCCGUAGCCAUUACAGCUGAAGAGUCUCCAGCCAUGACUGUUGAGAAGUACGCAUUCUUUGCGUGUGAGUUCGCUGAAGAAAAAUACGCACAUGCACACA